AUGUCUGAGCUACAUGUUCGUUGUGCCACUCCAACUAUGUCAAAUCCUGGCGACGAAGUGUCCUCAUAUGCUGAUGACAAACUCUCCAGCAUCGAUUCUACCGAGUCUCAAUCGGACCGCCGCGCAUUGGAGGAGGAUCCAAUCGAUUGGUGGGGCACCUAUGUCCCUUUAGAGUCAUGGAUUCCCCCCAAAUCGGAGAGCAUUCCGACAUUUCAAGGAUCAUCGGACUGGAAUCAUAUCCGGUUAUAUAAGUUCCGUGCCGAGCUUCCCCAUUAUGAAUAUCGAAGUGAUUCCAUGGGAAAGAAAGAGAAAAACAUGUAUGUAACUGAAUUGCUUCGGACCCCAAACUUUUUAAGAGGCCAACAUUCCCGAACAAUCAAAGGUCCUGUUGAAUUAGGAGGUGCAACAUCGGAAGACAUCACCAAAUGCCAUCAGUCCGGUGAUGGAUUCAACAAUUCUCCAGAUCCUUAUGAUUGUGGAUGGGACGAUCCGACUGUCGAUGGAGCUGCUGCCGUUCACGAGUUUUCCGCACCCGAUUCAUACAAUUGCGGAUGGGAGGAUGGCACCACAGCGCCGGAAGAGCUGCGAAGCCUGGAGAUGGUGCGAAAUGCAAUAUCUGAAGACAUCACCGCAUCCCAUGGAUCCGUGCCGGAUUCCAUGACUCUCAUCGAUGAUCCCUAUGAUUGCGGAUGGGAUGGUGCUAUUGCACCCUCAAAUCAGUUAUCGAUGCCUGAUCCUUAUGAUUGUGGAUGGGAGGACCAAACUGCAGCUCCGAAUGAAGUCAUAAUGCCGGGAAAGUUUGUUGGUUAUGUACUUCUUCACACUUCUACUAACCAGGUUAUAGGAUCAGAUAAUGAUGAACCGGAGGAAGGCGAGUACUAUCUUGGCAGCCAACAUUUGAUUACUCAACCGCAAAGCAGACUGGCUGCAUUGUCAAAUCUGAUGAGAAAUGAAGUUUUGCAGGAACCUAUACCCGCAGAUGAUGUAUACCAGUCCGAAUGGGAUGAUCCGAUGGUGAACAGGGCUGUAGAUACCGAAGCCUCAGCAAUGAAUGUCUCAUCGGAAGAAAGAUUGAAUCCAAGCCAGGAUGAAGGUAUAAAUCAACCUUCCUGCCAGGAAGGCCGUGAUUCAACAGAUGAUACGGCUCAUUUGUCACACUCUAUUGACAAUGAGACGGCUCUCUCAAAGUCAUCGACGGCCAAUCCUUACGACUGCGGAUGGGAGGAUGAUGCUUCGUUGCCAGAAAAAACAACAACAACGGAGAUAGCACCGAUGAUACAUAUGGAUGUGGGCGCAGGACUUUGCGAUGACCACAACUGCCGAGAUAUUUCAGGAUCCUUCGAUGAACAUGGGGACUAUAUGGAUGACGUUGAUAUGGAAAACACACUUCCGGACAUUCAAAAGGACAGCACCGAGGAUCUUUACGAUUGUGGUGGGACGAUCCAAUGGAUAACACAACUAUCAGGAGUACCGGAAGUAGGGGAGAGAAGUUAUAGACUUACAUCUUUACCUGCCACCUCAAGGCGGUCCUCUUCACCAGCCGAUCCCAAUGUGUUUGAGGAGGCUGAAGAGUCCAUGCGUCGAGCUAUCCAACGACUAAAUAGCAUAGGACAUAAUGACUUCGAUCGAUAUAUACACAGCAUUGUCACACCAGCGGUCACACGUGUGCCUGACCCUCGGCCGGCAAUCACAUUCAUGGCAAAUCGAAGUUUGUUUGGUGCAUACGCGGAUGCCAAAGAUCGGUGA